AUGAAACACAACCGCUUGCUCGUCCCCUUGCUCGUCCCCGUGCAAGCGUUGCUGCCGAUUCUGGGCAGCAUCCCCGUGCAAGCGCUGCUGCCAAGCCUCUGGCGAGGCGUCCCGUCACGGCCUGUGUCAGUCUACACUUCCGACGUUUGCGUGCUGCACGAGCCUGGCCGGCCGUCGCUUGCCGGCUACACUCACCCAGAGCAGCCAGCUCGGCUGAAGCGGCUGCUCACCGCGCUUCUGCGCGUGCACACGCGCGCCCACCUCAACCGCUUGAACGACGCGUUCGCGAGGGCCCGCCUCUUCCGCAAGGCGAAGCUCGACUCCGACACCAUUGCAAGCCCCGGCUCCAGAGCAGCAGUGCUGCGAGCGGCCGGGCUCGUGGUGCGCGCAGUCGACGACCUCCUUGGGGCGGAGGCUGCUGGCAACGGCUCGGCCUCACGCCGCGCGUUCGUGAUGGUCCGUCCUCCGGGGCACCACGCGGAGCGGGGCUCGCCCCAGGGCUUCUGCUUUGUGAACAACGUCCUCGUCGGUGACGUGGAGACGCGGCGAGUAGCCGGCAUGCUCAUCACCUUUCGCCGCCCCAACCUCAGGCGGCGCGUGGCCAUCCUCGACUUUGACGUCCACCACGGGAACGGCGACGCCGACAUCGCCGAGCCGGACCCGACCAGGCUGUACGUCUCCUCCCACGAGGUGCCAAACUUCCCGGGCACGGGCGAGGAGCGCGGGGCGACGGGGCGCCACCGCACCAUCCUCUCCGCGCCGCUGCGCUCCUCGUCCGGCUCGGCCGAGUUUCGGCGCGCGUGGCGCGACGAGCUCCUCCCUGCGGUGCGCGCCUUCCAGCCCGAGGCCAUCUUUGUGAGCGCGGGCUUCGACGCGCACGCGGAGGACCCGCUCUCGAGCUGCCGGCUGAGCGACGCCGACUUUGCCUGGAUCACGGCCGAGGUCGCAAAGAUCGGCCGCGGCGCGCUGCCAAUCAUCAGCGUCCUCGAAGGAGGCUACAACGUCGAGAGGCUCGACCGGAGCGUCCGAGCGCACGUGAAGGCGCUGAUUGAUGCCUGAGAGCUGAGACCCGCCCUCUUCCUCACGUGUCGAUGUAUUUUCGCCGAAAAACUGUCACUCCCCUU